UCCCGCUCUUCUUCUUCGCCGUCGGUUUUUGCAAAAUUUGUUAUUUCUUGCUAAUUAAUAAGUUUCCGGGAUAAAAGGGCGGUAAAAGCGAAGCGCAGCCAUGGUGAACAUGUGCGUGUUGUGCCGCAGCAGCGAAUCGGAUGAACUGAUCUUUGGCAAGACCAUUCGCGAGGGCGCAUUGAUGGUGCAUCACAAUUGUUUGUACCUCAGUUCGAACCUCGUGCAGCGCGGCAACAAGCGCAUCGGCAUCCUGCGCUUCCUCAAGGACGACAUCGUGGCGGAGGCGCGUCGCUGCAAGCAGCUAAACUGCUUCUACUGCCACAAACCGGGCGCCAAUAUAGGAUGCUGCAAGUCGGGCUGCCGUCGCACCUUCCACACCAAGUGCGGCGUGGAUAAUCUCGCCCAGAGUCAGUUCAGGGACACCUACAAGUCGUACUGCCACCAGCAUGUGCGUCAUCAUCGUUUUCGACCCUCCAGCGACCAGGAGCCCUGCGUCAUCUGCAAGGAUCCGCUGAUCGCCGGCGGCGAACGCUUCAAUGUGGUCACCAUGUUGUACUCUCCCUGCUGCCGGAAUGGCUGGUAUCACCGAAAUUGCCUGCAGGCUUAUGCCAACACCGCCGGCUACUUCUUCAAGUGCCCGCUUUGCAAUAAUGCCAAGGUUUUCCACGAUGUCGCCUUGAUGGGCAUUUCUCUAUCCAGCCAGGACGCCAGUUGGGAGACCGAACCGAAUGCCUUUGCCGAGCAUUUCGUGCGACCGCUGGACUGCACCGCCGAGGAUUGCCUUGCUUUGGCGGGCCGCUCGGACACGUCCAUUUCUCUGUAUUACUGCAACAACUGCGGCUCCAAUCCGUCGCACAGCUUCUGCACCGCCCAGGAUCAGGAAACGUAUGUUUGCGGCAUCUGUUCGAUCGUUUCGCCCGCUCCGCCGCCCUCUAUUAAUUCCAACGACGACGAAGAGGAGCUGUCCUCCAGCUCCGAUGAAUGCGAUCCCCUCGAGACUUUCGCCCGGGAGCGGCGGUCCAAUAACCAGACAAUCAACCAAACAGCCGCUAAUAACUCGCGCGAUUUUAUACACUCCAAGCUGUGCGUCUCCGGCUGGGAUGACACCGACACCGAGGACGACGAGGAGGUCUUUCAGCGGGCAGUUGAAGUUAAGCAGCCGGCAAUCCCAGCCGAUGAGCUGCCCUCCACUUCGGCGGCGGCGGUUAACCGCAGAUCCAGGCGCUUAACUAUGGCGGCAAUGGGAGCAGCGGAUGUGGAAAAGGAAAACAAGAACUCAGGAGCUGCGGAAGCUGCCACACGACGCCGCAGUCUGCGGCUGUCGGCACAGAACAACCAGGAGAACACAGAGCCAACCACUAGCGGCUCCACCUCUUCAACCAUUCGCUCCAGGCGCACAAUGCCCGCCAGAAGGAUUGAAAAGGAGGAAAAGCAGGCCAAUGAGGAAGCAGAGAAGAAGAAACGCUGCUUGUCGCCCAACAGGCGCUUCCUGCGCUCCAUUUCGCCCAACGAGGUGAAGCCCCUGCGCCGCAGGACAAUGGCCAGUUCGAAUCCCAGUCACGGACUCAUGGAUAUGUCCUGCGUGGCCAACAGGACGCGCAACCGCUUGCCGGGCUACUUGGCCCACCGCAAGUAGGUUGGGAAGAUACUAUAUACAAGAUAUAUCCCCUAAAACAUACACAUUCCAUGUACAGAACAUCGACCAGGCAGCGGAUCCCAAUGCGGGCGUUCCAUCCGCUGCUGCUACUUUAUUUUAUAACUCUCUGUUUAGCUUGUUAAAUUAUUUUACGACUUUCCGUUGUACAACUACCACUUAAAAGAAAAAAAAACCCACACAGAUCUCCUAACUAAAAAUGUGGUAAUAAGUUUGGACCCCUUUUGGCAUGAAGAAUACCUUUUAUUUUACUUUUUUUGAAUUAAUCUAAGGAAUGAAUAUUUACAAGUUUAUUUAAAAAGUAUGCUCUUUUGUACAUAUUUUUAUGGGCACUUAACCAAUAGUAAAAAAAAUGUAUCUACACAUAUGAACUUUGUCAUGAUUAAUUUUUUUCGCUUCAAUAUUUUUUCAAAUAUUACUUUUUUUUGAAACUGCUGAAAAAAACUAUCUGAUGAAAUGUGAUUUAGAAAAACAUUUACAAAUAUGAACUUUGUCAUGAUUAAUUUUUUUUAGUUUUCACUUAACCAAUAUUUUUUUAAAUAUUACUUUUUUUGUAACUGCUGAGAAAAGCACCUGAAUGAUUUAAAAAAAAAAACCUUCAAAAUUCUUUGUAUGCAACUUAAA